AUGCUUAAAUCGAAAACUUUUGUUAAGAAGACCCGUUCGGGUGGGGUCAUGAAAAUAGUCCGUGAGCAUUACCUGAGAGAUGAUAUCUGGUGUGGCAGCGAAGUUUGUGUGGAGUGUAAAGACGAGACACCGGUGCUGCAAAAGGAUGCCUGCAUUGAAAGCAAUUUAUGUACAUUUCCACACUAUUUGAUUCCGGACACCAACGUAGUAAUACAACAGAUCGAUAUUCUUGAAGAUCCCCUGAUAAGGAAUGUGAUCAUCCUACAGACUGUAUUACAAGAGGUUAGACACAGGAGUGCUCCUAUUUAUAAACGAAUCAAAGAUGCUAUUCACGACAAGGAAAAACACUUCUACACUUUUACCAACGAGCAUCACAGGGAAACGUUUAUCGAACGGGAACAAGGAGAAAGUGCCAACGAUCGCAAUGACCGUGCCAUUCGAGUCGCGGCCAAGUGGUACAGCGAACAUCUUAGCAAAGCUCCCGACGCCGGGGACCUUAAAGUGGUUCUGCUGACCAAUGACCGAGACAACAAGGAGAAGGCAGAGAAGAGUGGUCUAAUAGUUUAUAAAUGUGAGGAGUAUGUGAAAAGCUUGAUAGCCAAUCCUGAGCUUGUGGAUCGACUUGCCUUAACAUCUGAUGAACAAAAUGAAAUCACCGGCAGCCGAGUCGUGUUUCCAGAGCAUUUGCCUCUGUCCAAGAUUCAGGCUGGCAUUAAGAGUGGGACCUUCCUGCAAGGAACUUUCCAUGCCAACAGAGACAACUACUUAGAAGCCAAAGUCUAUGUCCACGGGGAAGGCGAUGAAAGCACGGAGGUGCUGGUUCAGGGUCUCUUGAACUUGAAUCGAGCUGUGCACCAGGAUGUGGUGGCAGUCGAACUGUUGCCCAGAGAGAACUGGGUCGCCCCUUCCUCUGUAGUGCUCAUCGAUGAUGCUCAGAAUGAUGAAGAUGCGGAGGAAGAGGAGGCAGAGAAAAAAGUGAGAAAAGCCUUGGACAGCAAACCAGCACAGGGAAGCACGUUAAAACCCACAGGACGAGUGGUUGGAAUCAUUAAGAGAAAUUGGAGGCCUUUCUGUGGAAUGCUGUUACAGUCACAUAUCAAAGAGUCAACCAGGCACCUGUUCACUCCGGCAGACCGACGAAUCCCGAGGAUCCGUAUCGAGACCCGACAGGCCUCCACAUUAGAGGGUCAGAGGAUUAUGGUGGCCAUUGACGGCUGGCCCAAGAACUCCAGAUACCCUAAUGGACAUUUUGUGAAGAGUCUGGGCAGUGCUGGAGAUAAGGAGACUGAGACGGAGGUUCUGCUGCUGGAACACGAUGUACCUCACCUACCUUUCUCUCAGGCUGUGCUCAGUUUCCUGCCCAAGAUGCCAUGGAGCAUCACAGAGGAGGAUCUGAAAGUCAGAGCAGACCUAAGACAUCUCACUGUGUGCAGCGUGGACCCUCCAGGCUGCACGGAUAUCGAUGACGCUCUACACUGCCGAGAACUAGAGAAUGGAAAUCUGGAGGUUGGUGUUCACAUAGCAGACGUGAGUCAUUUUAUACGACCUGGAAACGCGCUGGACCAAGAGGCAGCCAGCAGAGGGACUACGGUUUACCUGUGCGGAAAGCGAAUUGAUAUGGUCCCUGAAUUACUCAGCUCUAAUCUCUGCUCUCUACGGUCUAAUGUGGAAAGGUUAGCAUUUUCCUGCAUUUGGGAGAUGAACCAAAAUGCUGAAAUCAUCAGCACACGUUUCACAAAGAGUGUCAUCAACUCCAAGGCCUCCUUGACAUACGCUGAAGCUCAAAUGAGAAUCGAUGACACCAGCAUGAACGAUGACAUCACCAAGAGUCUAAGGGGCUUAAACAAGCUGGCAAAGAUCUUAAAGGGACGGAGAAUCGAGAAAGGGGCGUUGACUCUCUCCUCCCCUGAAGUGCGUUUCCACAUCGAUAGUGAGACUCAUGACCCGAUAGAUCUACAGACUAAAGAGCUCAUGGAGACUAACUCGAUGGUGGAGGAAUUCAUGUUACUGGCCAACAUCUCAGUGGCUCAGAAGAUUUAUGAGGAGUUCUCCGAGUGCGCUCUGCUCAGAAAACAUCCAGCCCCACCACCGUCAAACUACGACAUUCUCAUCAAAGCCGCCAGUUCAAAGGGUCUGGUUAUCUACAUAGAUUCAGCCAAAGCAUUGGCAGACUCUCUCAACGACGCUCAAGUCGAGGGCUUCCCGUACUUCAACACGCUGCUCCGUAUCUUAGCAACACGCUGCAUGAUGCAGGCUGUGUAUUUCUGCUCUGGCAUGGACAGCGACUUCCAACACUAUGGUUUGGCCUCGCCCAUCUACACUCACUUUACCUCACCUAUCAGGAGGUACUCUGAUAUCAUUGUGCAUCGGUUGUUAGCUGUGGCUAUCAACGCAGACAGCACCUACCCAGACCUGAUGGACAAACACAAACAGGCAGCAUUGUGCAAUAACCUCAACUACAGACAUAAAAUGGCCCAGUAUGCACAGAGGGCGUCAGUGGCGUUGCACACUCAGCUGUUUUUCAAGAACAGAGGGAUCCUAAACGAAGAGGGAUUCAUCCUUUUCGUGAGGAAGAACGCCAUCAUCGUCCUUAUUCCAAAGUUUGGGCUGGAGGGUACAGUGUUCUUUGAGAACAAAGACAAACCUAGUCCUCGUCUGAGUUUCGACGAAGAGGGCCCUACUCUGACUGUAGAAGAUCACCCCUUCCACAUGUUUGAUAAGGUCAAAGUAACCAUCAGCUUGGAUUCGUCAAACAUUCAACACCAGAAGAUUAGAAUGGCCCUCUCCGAGCCUGUGAUCCCAGGGGUCAGCGUGUCGAUGCCAGAGACGGAACCCGAGGCCAAGAAACCCAAGCUGGAUCGCUGAGAUUUGAACACCCUCCCCCAAAAACUUUCAAGUCAAGUUAUGUAUGUACUUUCUUUACUUUUGUAAGUGAAUGUAAAUAUGCUUUGCUCUUUUUUUUUUUUUCUUCCACAGAUUGUCUUACCGGUUAAUGCAAAAUUUGUGUUUGUUAAUGAUAAUUCUUGACUUGGGGAAAGAGAGGCUUUGAUCUCACUGUUGGCACAGAGUAAUAGGAAUGUGACAGACUUUGUGAGAACAUCCAGAUUGGUCGUACUGGU